AUGGCCCCCCCUACUCCCACCUCUAACCCUUUCGCCGCCAUGAGGAACUUUGGUGGUAUGGUGUCGUCUGCUCUUUCCUUCGGUGAUAGGUCUCGCCAAGUUUCCUCUCUUGGCCUCGGCACUCUUUCCCUGGGGGAACCGUCUGGCGCCGCCUCGCCUCCUCGCUCUGCUUCUCCUCCCGCCAGUCCUCCUGCCGGUUCUCCCGCCCGUUCUCCCUCCGCUUCUCCUCCUCCUCCUGGUUCUCCUUCCGCUUCUCCUCCUGCUGUUUCUCCCUCCGCUUCUCCUCCUGCCGCCAGCCCUCGCCGCAGGACGCCCGCCUUUUGUCCUGACUUCGAAGGAAAAGGGGGUGAUUAUAGUGAUGAGGAGGAUCAGGAUCGUGAGGGUGAAACUGAGUUAGAAGAUCUCUCAGAUGAUGAUAUGGUGGCGGUUAGUGUAGAGGAUAACAAUGUUGAUAGUCCUGAGUGUGAGUUCUUCGCCCAACCUCCUAUACCUUCGCCGAACUUGGCCUUUCGUUCGCGUUUCCCCCGCUCCCCAAAUUGUGGGCCAGAAACGACCUCGUGCCCUUUCCUCCUCUUCCUCUUCCUCCUCUUCCUCUUCCUCCUCUUCCUCUUCCUCCUCUUCUUCUUCUCCUUCCGGGGUCCCCCCCCUCCCAACUCCGACGCUGCCGCUGCCGCUGUUGCCGCCGCCCGUCCUGUCGCCGCUCUCCGUCCCCCUGUCGUUCCCCGUCCCGCCGCCGUCGUCGCUGCUCCUGUCGCCGCCGCCGCUCCUGUCCCCGCCGCCGCCGCCGCUGCUGCUCCUGUCGCCGCCGCCGCCGCCGCUGCUGCUCCCCUCUCUUCUCCCCGAGGGGAGCCUUCGCCCAAACGGGCGAAGAGGUCAUUGCGUGAAGAAGAGUAUUUGUGGAAUAAGUUGGAGUCUGAGCCUGGUCGUUGGGUUGCGGUUGGUGUCGAUGAGGCGUGCGAUCGUUGCAGACGUGAGAUCAUCACGUAUAAUCGUCCGAACUGGCCCUGCCUCAAGGCAGUCCGGCCACACAACAAGGCCCUCCGUUGUGCUUCAUGCACAUCUGGUCCCUGCUCCUUCUGUCCCGUCUCCUCUGCUCGGGACAUCCCGCCCCGUCCCUCCGACUCUUCGCCUUUCCCCCCUCCUCAGACUCCAGCGUCUGUCCCCCGUUCGCGGGUACCUCCUUCGUCUCUCCGGUCGGUUCGCCGUACUUCGCCGGACCUCCGCCCGUCGCCUCCGUCGCCGUCGCCCUUCGCUCCUGUGGCCGGCCCAUCACGUCUCCCGGCUGUUCCUCCUUCGUCUUCCCGCCGUCCUUCGGCCUCUGCUCCUUCGGCCUCCCGUCCUUCGGCCUCUCGUCCUUCGGCGCCACGGAAAUCUAAAGAGAAGGAGGUUGCCUUCAAUGAUGGUGAUGUGGAAAAUGAAGAUACUCAGCGUGCUGGUCCCUCUGCUCCCCGGUUGUCCCUCGUCCACCCUCGUAUCUCCCUGGACGUCCGUAUUCCUGAGGACGAAAAGGAAUUCGCCACUUAUCGUUCUCUCGUCCUCGGUCUCACUACUCAGCUCGAGGCCGCCCGAAAUGAUACAUCUCUCCUGCUUGACUUCUCUUCUCGUCAAGCUAACGCUUUAAACAAUCUCACUGCGGCGUUAGUAGAUGUAGUCAACACUGAGGCUCUGGACGACGAAGCAAGGACAAGGUUAGCGGACGUCUCUCGCCGAAGCCUUACUGAGAUAGCCGAUGUUCGCCGAAGACUGUUCGACACCCCCUUCCUAGUCACUCCUAUGGCGUAUGAGCCACCACCGUCCCUUGACUGGUUAGGUCGCCGUAGUAGUUCUCGUGUCCCAGCUUCCGCCCAGACUGCUCUCGACCUCCUCAGUCUUCCCUUCGAGUGUCUACGGACCAUACGUUCUCUGUGGAGGACUCCGAGCAUGCAAGCUGCUCGAGAUGUCCAGGACUUCGGUGACUUCUUUGGGGCUAUGAAUCGGGCAUGGAAUGCUUCUCUCUCUACUGCGUUCCCGUCUGAGACUCUCGAUCUACCUUCGGUCAUCGGUAGCCUCCAUACCAAUCCCGCGGGACCGAGUAGAUCGAAGGAGAAAGGAAAAGGAAAAGGUAAGGGUAAGAGUAAGGACAAGUGA